AUGGCUAAUCGAGGGGGAGCCACGAGACCCAAUGGACCAAAUGCCGGAAAUAAAAUCUGUCAAUUCAAGCUAGUCCUCCUAGGAGAAUCCGCAGUUGGCAAAUCUAGCCUAGUGUUGCGCUUCGUAAAAGGACAGUUUCAUGAAUUCCAAGAAAGCACAAUUGGAGCGGCAUUUCUUACCCAGACUGUCUGCCUUGAUGAUACAACAGUAAAGUUUGAAAUCUGGGACACAGCUGGUCAAGAACGAUACCACAGCCUAGCUCCAAUGUACUACAGAGGAGCACAAGCUGCAAUAGUUGUAUACGACAUCACAAAUGAGGAAUCGUUUGCAAGAGCGAAGAACUGGGUGAAAGAACUUCAGAGACAAGCAAGUCCCAAUAUUGUGAUAGCUUUGUCUGGUAACAAAGCCGAUCUUGCUUCCAAGCGAGCUGUGGACUUUCAGGAAGCUCAAGCCUAUGCAGAUGACAACAGCUUGUUGUUUAUGGAGACUUCUGCCAAGACAUCAGCAAACGUGAAUGAAAUAUUUAUGGCAAUAGCUAAAAAGCUUCCCAAAACAGAACCACAGACAAGCGGAGGCAACACGGCUAGAGGAAGAGGAGUAGACCUUACUGAAACUGCACAGCCUAGCAAAAGUCAAUGCUGUAGUAACUAA